UUCCGCCUUGCUCCUCCCCCGUCCCAUGCUGCUCCGCGCCGACCCCUCCUCCUCCGCUGCCGGCUCCUGCGCGUCCCGCCGGGGAGCCCAGCUCCGCACAGACCGGUUGUAACUUUUGCAAGGCAAUUAUCAUGUGACUGUGGAUUAUGACAACUAAAAUCUUAAAGAAAACUCCUUAAAUUAAACAUCCAUAUCUUUUGAACAUCUUGGAACUUAUUGGAUACGCUCUUUGAAGUCUGUCUGAAUUGUAACUUGUAUAACUUUUUUAUAGCUUCAUAAUGGAGUUCUUAUUAUCCAAAGGAGACUGCAUUAGAGAUUUGAAAAGAACUUUAUUAUUUUUAGUUUUAACAUGUCUGGUAGCUCUUGUUUGCACUGAUCAGGACUAUUAUAGUUUACUUGGAAUAUCCAAAGAAGCAAGUAAUAGAGAAAUAAGACAGGCUUUCAAAAAACUGGCAUUAAAGUUACAUCCUGAUAAAAAUCAGAACGAUCCAGAUGCUCAUGAAAACUUCUUGAAAAUAAAUAGAGCAUAUGAAGUACUAAAAGAUGAUGAGCUACGGAAGAAGUAUGAUAAAUAUGGAGAGAAAGGUCUUGAAGAUCACCAACAAGGAGGUCGAUAUGAGAGCUGGAACUUUUAUCGCUAUGAUUUUGGUAUUUAUGAUGAUGAUCCUGAAAUUAUAACAUUGGAUAGAGGAGAAUUUGAUGCUGCUGUUAACUCUGGAGAACUCUGGUUCAUCAAUUUCUAUUCUCCUCGAUGUUCCCACUGCCAUGAUUUAGCACCUACAUGGAGAGAAUUUGCUAAAGAAAUGGAUGGACUAAUACGCAUUGGAGCUGUAAAUUGUGGUGAUAAUAGAAUGCUUUGUCGGAUCAAAGGAAUUAAUAGUUAUCCAAGUCUCUAUGUUUUCAAAACUGGAAUGAAUCCAGUGAAAUAUUAUGGAGACAGAUCAAAGGAAAGUUUAAUGCAUUUUGCCAUGCAGUAUGUCACAAGCACAGUGACAGAGUUAUGGGCAGGAAAUUUUGUUAAUGCUAUUCAAACUUCAUUUGCCUCUGGUGUUGGCUGGCUGAUCACUUUCUGUGCUGAGGGUGGAGAUUGUUUGACUUCCCAGACACGCCUUAAACUAGCUGGCAUGUUGGAAGGCCUUGUUAAUGUAGGCUGGAUGGACUGUGCCACCCAGGGUGAGCUUUGUGAUAAUUUGGAUAUCUCAUCUAGUACUACCGCAUACUUUCCACCUGGAGCCACCUUAACUAAUAAAGAGAAAGGAGGUGUUUUGUUUCUUAACUCCUUGGAUGCCAAAGAGAUAUAUUUGGAAAUAAUGCAGCAUCUUCCAGAUUUUGAAAUGCUCUCUGCAGCCUCAUUAGAGGACCAUGUGGCUCAUCACCGGUGGCUGCUUUUCUUUCAGUUUGGUGAGAGUGACAAGUCAAAUAUGCAUGAGUUUAAAAAACUGAAUUUUCUGCUUAAAGAUGAGCAUAUUCAGGUUGGAAAGAUUGACUGCCUUUCUGCACCAAAUGUCUGCAGUAAUCUGUAUGUCUAUCAGCCAUGUCUAGCAGUCUUUAAAGGAAAGGGAACUGAAGAUUAUGAAAUUCAUCAUGGAAAGAUGAUCCUAUAUGACAUAGUUGCAUUCGCCAAGGAGAGUGUAAACUCUCAUGUUAUCACACUUGGGCCUCAGAAUUUUCCUGGCAAGGAGAAGGAACCAUGGCUUGUUGACUUCUUUGCACCUUGGUGUCCUCCAUGUCGAGCUUUGUUGCCAGAGUUGAGAAAAGCAUCAAAGCACCUUAUUGGUCAGCUUAAAUUUGGCACACUAGACUGCACAAUCCAUGAAGGGCUUUGCAACAUGCAUAACAUUAGAGCUUACCCAACAACAGUGGUGUUCAACCAGUCCACUAUUCAUGAAUAUGAAGGUCAUCACUCUGCUGAACAGAUCUUGGAAUUUAUACAGGAUCUCAUGAACCCUUCGGUGGUCUCCUUAACACCAGACACUUUCAUUGCACUAGUUAAACAAAGAAAACGGGACGAAGUCUGGAUGGUUGAUUUCUAUGCUCCGUGGUGUGGGCCUUGCCAGGCUUUAAUGCCGGAAUGGAAAAGGAUGGCCAGGUUGCUAAAUGGAUUAAUCACUGUUGGCAGUAUGGAUUGUCAAAAAUAUUUUUCUUUCUGUCACCAAGAAAAUGUACAGGGAUAUCCUGAAAUAAGACUCUUUCCUCAAAAAUCAAAUGCAGAUCAUCAUUACUAUAGUUACAAUGGUUGGCACAGGGAUUCGUAUUCGUUAAGAAGCUGGGCACUUGGAUAUUUACCUCAAGUAUCUGUAGAUCUGACACCUCAGAGCUUCACAGAAAAAGUUUUGCAUGGGAAAGAUCAUUGGGUCAUUGAUUUUUAUGCUCCUUGGUGUGGCCCUUGCCAAAAUUUUGCUCCAGAAUUUGAGGUGCUAGCGAGGACUGUAAAAGGAAAAGUAAAAGCUGGAAAAGUUGACUGUCAGGCUUAUGCUCAUACUUGUCAGACGGCUGGCGUCAGAGCCUACCCCACUGUUAAAUUUUAUCCCUACCAAGGAGCAAAGAAAAAUGUUCUUGGAGAGCAUAUAGACAGCAGAGAUGCAAAAGGCAUAGCCGAUCUUCUGACUGAAAGAUUAGCCGUCAUUAAAAAUAAAGGAAAGAGAAAAAAAUCUUCUAGAAACAAGGAUGAACUCUGAUGUUGAAGACGAUCAAUUUCAGAGUAUACCGAAGCUGUGACAAAUAGAAGGCACCAUGAUGAAAAUAUAAAAAGUUAGACUAAUUUCAUGAUAGGAGAAACUGAAAUGAACCUUAGUUUGAAUUCAGGGGCGCCUAGGCUUGUCCAAAUGAAUUCUAUAAAACUUUUGGGAGGGAGUUGCUCUAUUUGUUGUGGAGGGAUUCCAAGAAUUUGGGAAUAGGCUGUGCCUGCCUCACUUGCUGAUUAGGAGACACAAACUUCAAGGGCUUAGACAAUAAUGAAAUAGGGAAAUGUGCAUUCAACCUGUGGACGAGCGUGCAAUAAAGCCAGCCAAACUUGCAUUUUCACACAGCACAGUGCACUAUCCCUUCCUGAACACUGAGGAAUCAUCUGACAUCAAUGCGAAGGAAAAAUCAUCUUAUGAUGGAAGUUUAGUUUUGGAUUUUUAAUUUUGUAGUAAUUCACUAAGCAACCAGUAGUUGGAUAGGUUUAUAGAAUCAACAGAUCACCUUCCUUGUAGAAUAUUACUAUAUCUUACCAACUGAGGUGACGAAAGUUUUGAAGAGCUGUGUCUUUUUUUUUUAAAAUUCAUCUCACCAUAUUAGGAUUCCAAAACUCAAUGUUUAACUGAAAUACAAAUGUGUUAUACCACUGAAGUAUCCUGUACGGAAUUCUCAGCUUGUUUCAUAGUAAAGUUUUCCAGUUUAUCUUUAACUCAGAUGAAUACGUGGGGGACAUCUUUUUAACUUGUUUUGGUAUAACCACUGUCAAACUGCAUGCUCCCAGCCACCCUUGAAAAUCAUCAUGAAAUAUGGAUCUGGUCCACCGUGCAUAUUUCCCCCUUUUUGUACAAGUGCCUUCUGAAUUUUGACUAUUUCAUAAUGGACAUUUAACAUUGUUCAUGUAGACACUGAGGUCAUUCUUUGAGGUUAUGGUUUUUUAAAAAUUGUGUAUGCGACAAAGGAUCCUAUAUGCACCAUUUGCACUUAGCAACGUUUAAAUCGUUUUACAUUUUCGUUUUACUGGAGUCCACAAAAACUGUCUACUGUGAGUCAGAAUUUUUUGAAAGAUCACUAUUUUUUAAAUGAUUUACUCUUUAAUAAAAUAUAGAUUAGCCAUUGUCAGAUGAGCUUUUCUCCCCGUUUCCACCCACCCAGCUUUGGCACAAUUAAACCUACUGUAGUUACCAUAAUGAUGAGUACAUCAGAAAUUCAUAGAGGUUCUGUCCUUACUGAGUAACUUAUUAUAAAUUAGAGUGUGAGACACAAAAACAAAAAGUGACUCUAGCCAAUCUGAGGCACCCAAACUCAAAUAACUGUAAACAUGGGGUAAAAGUAUGUAUAUUGUUUGCAGGAUAUUUAAUAUAUGUUACCAGCCCUUCUAACUCUUAGGUUUUUCUUAAAUGAACAUACAGAUUCAGUAAUAUUCCCUCCCAUGUUAGUCCUUCCAAACUUGUAUUGAUAGUAUGGAAAUAGGACACUGUUGUGCCCAUCAGAAGUGUCCAGUUCACAGAAUACCAGUAUUUGGCAGCCCAAGAAGUCUACAUAUGAGACCUCACUUGGUAGAAAAGAAAUACAAGAUGGGCUAUAAGGAGGGAAUUUUGUCCAAGUAAAAUUUUGAAAAAUGGUUUAAGAUUUAAUUUGAUGUGAAGGAGCUUGUAUAGAAGUCUGUUGUCUGGAAAGAUUCUUGCCAUGUUCCACAGCUCUGAAAUAGCAUAAUUUCAAGACAUGAAAUGAAAAAAAUUACUGGAUGAACUGAAUUGAAAAAAUUAAUGGAUAAACUGUAUUUUAAAUUUUUA